AUGCGCCGCGUGGUAGUAACAGGUCUUGGCGCCGUCACUCCCCUCGGGGUAGGCAUUCGGCAGACCUGGAACCGAUUGCUCGCUGGCGAAUCCGGCAUUGUCAGUGUUGCUUCGCGACAACCGCUUGCAAGAUGGAAGGAAUUGACAAGUACCGUUGCCGGCGUCGUCCCAACGGGAGAUCAAGAAGGCCAAUGGAGGUCAGCAGACUGGCUCAGCGCUUCGGACCGGAGGCGAAUGUCUACAUUCACGCAAUAUGCCAUCGCGGCGAGUGAUAUGGCGCUAAAGGAUGCAGGAUGGGACGCAACCAAGUUGGAAGAUCUAGAGGCUACUGGUGUCUGCUUGGGAAGCGGCAUCGGCAAUUUGGACGAGAUAUACGAUACCAGCCUGGCGCACCACGCUGAUGGUUACAAGAAGGUUUCGCCUCUCUUUGUUCCAAAGAUCCUAAUCAACCUGGCUGCUGGCCACAUCGCCAUGAAGUACGGGUUCCAGGGACCAAACCACGCCGCCACUACGGCUUGCACAACUGGCGCACAUUCAAUAGGCGAUGCCUCAAGAUUCAUCGCCAUGGGAGAUGCAGACGUCAUGGUAGCUGGCGGCUCCGAGGCAUGUCUUCACCCCCUGACAUUUGCCGGCUUUGGCAGAGCAAGGUCGUUGGCCACGGCCUACAAUGACAACCCACCCGGCAGCUGUCGACCUUUUGACGCAGACCGAAAUGGCUUUGUCGUUGCUGAAGGAGCUGCCGUUUGUAUCCUGGAAGAGUUGGAGCAUGCUAAAGCCAGAGGGGCUCGAAUAUACGCAGAAGUCAGGGGUUACGGGUGUAGCGGGGAUGCAUAUCAUAUGACGGCACCUCGAGAAGAUGGCCAAGGAGCGUUUCUGUCCAUGAAGCGCGCGUUGAAGAAUGCCGGGUUGAAACCAUCUGACGUUGACUACAUAAAUGCCCACGCAACCAGUACACAAGUGGGAGACAUAGCAGAAGCGGCGGCCAUUCGAAGGAUCAUGCUGGGCGAAGAGGGAGUAGCGACUGAGUCACAGGUCACGGUGAGCAGCACCAAAGGAGCAAUUGGGCACUUAUUGGGUGCUGCUGGAGCAAUUGAGGCUCUUUUUGCAAUUCUUUCCAUUCACGAGGGCGUUGUUCCAGCUACACGAAACCUACACAAGCCCGACGUCGGCAUCAACUUCAACUUUGUCCCUUUAACGGCUCAAGAGAAGAAAGUCCAAGUGGCAAUGAGCAAUAGCUUUGGAUUUGGCGGGACGAACAGUAGCUUGGUGUUCUCAAAGGUGUAA